AUGCUGAUGGUGGCGGAAAAAGAGAUCCUACUGAAACUGGACUCUCUGGACUAUCUGCAUGAUGCCUUUGUAUUUGUGCUGAAUGUGCCUGUUAGUGGAGCGUUUCAUGUCGUAGCACCCAGCGCUCUGCCGCCGCUCUCAGAUGUUUCAGAGAGACUCGACCCGCUGCUGGAGUAUCUGGACUCUGCUGGAACUACACCUGUGACCUCAGAGCCAGAUCCUGCUGACAGCACAGGCUCUGAGGAACAAACUGAAGCUCCCUCAGCAUCAGAACAGGCGACUGGAUCAACAGGUGCUGCUGACAGCCCAGACUCUGAUGAACAGACUCAAGGUGGAGACAGCCUGCAGAACUCCACAGAAACUGCUGACAGCAACGACUCAGCUGAAUCAUCUGAAGAUCCUUCAGAUUCAGAUGAGACAACUGAAGAUAAUGAGGACGCUGCAGAUGGUGUAGAAAGUGACGACAACACUGACGACGACUCAACCGAAAACACUGAUUCUGACUCUGAGACUGACUCUGAGGCUGAAGCUGAGAAGACCGAGACAGACUCUGACUCUGAGACAGACUCUGACUCUGACUCUGAGGCUGAAACUGAGAAGACCGAGACAGACUCUGACUCUGAGACAGACUCUGACUCUGACUCUGAGACCGAGACAGACUCUGACUCUGAGACAGACUCUGACUCUGACUCUGAGGCUGAAACUGAGAAGACCGAGACAGACUCUGACUCUGAGACAGACUCUGACUCUGACUCUGAGGCUGAAACUGAGAAGACCGAGACAGACUCUGACUCUGAGACAGACUCUGACUCUGACUCUGAGGCUGAAACUGAGAAGACCGAGACAGACUCUGACUCUGAGACAGACUCUGACUCUGACUCUGAGGCUGAAACUGAGAAGACCGAGACAGACUCUGACUCUGAGACAGACUCUGACUCUGACUCUGAGGCUGAAACUGAGAAGACCGAGACAGACUCUGACUCUGAGACAGACUCUGACUCUGACUCUGAGGCUGAAACUGAGAAGACCGAGACAGACUCUGACUCUGAGACAGACUCUGACUCUGACUCUGAGGCUGAAACUGAGAAGACCGAGACAGACUCUGACUCUGAGACAGACUCUGACUCUGACUCUGAGGCUGAAACUGAGAAGACCGAGACAGACUCUGACUCUGAGACAGACUCUGACUCUGACUCUGAGGCUGAAACUGAGAAGACCGAGACAGACUCUGACUCUGAGACAGACUCUGACUCUGACUCUGAGGCUGAAACUGAGAAGACCGAGACAGACUCUGACUCUGAGACAGACUCUGAGACUGAAGUUAAGAAGACUGAGACAGACUCUGAGACAGACUCUGACUCUGACUCUGAGACUGAAGUUAAGAAGACUGAGACAGACUCUGACUCUGACUCCGGCUCUGACUCUGACUCUGAGGCUGAAGCUGAGAAGACCGAAACAGACUCUGACUCUAAGGUCACCACGGCUGAUGAGGAUGACAGCAAGGCCUCAGAAGACUCAGAGGAGGGAGGGGAGGCAGGGAGUGAGGAACCAGUGGGGAGGGAUGAGGGAGAUGAAAUAAAUGACAGGGAAAUGUCAGAGGAGGUGAAACAAGCAGGAGAUGAGGAGGAGGUGAUCUCAGAGGAUGACAACAGUGAAGGGAAUGACGACAGUGCUAUCAAGGAUGAAGAUGAGGACGUCGAAACCCAGACCGACAGUGACACGAGUGAGACCGACAGUGACACUAAUGAGACCGACAGUGACACGAGUCAGAUCAAUAAUGACAAUGAAGCUGAGCCUGACAAUCAGGACAGCAGUGACAUGCUGGAGUCUGAUGUCACUGAGGAGAAAGAGGAGGUGAACCAGGAUGACUCUGAAAAGUCAGAUACCAAGGAACCUGAGCAGCAGAGUCCAGAAACUCCAGACUCCACUGAAGUCACACCAGCUGACAAACCAGACCAAUCUGAUGACUCCACCCUCGCCACCACAAAGGCCAUGAAUUAAAUGCUGUGCCUCUGACCUGUGGAAGCUCAGCGACUCCAGAGCCAACCCCGUGGUGGAAUACUGUUGCCAUGACAACAACAACAACAACAACACCAAGCUAAACUGCAACUAAACUACAAUGUUCAAUUUCCUGUUUGUUUUCGCUCCUCAGCUUGUUCCUGAUUGGUCGUCCCCAUUUUCUUUAAACUCUGGCCGUUGUAGUUUUCCAACAAUCGACUGUCUGUGUGUCUGUCAUGCGUCUCACCCUCUGCAUUCAGUCUAAUGCUGAAACAUUAAAACAGCUGCUGAUCUCAGAUCUGCUCUGUGUGUUAAAAUGUACAUACAGUCAUCAUUUACUUUCCAACCAUCAAGACUUGUUUGUUUGUUCACAGAGGAACUGCUAAUAAAGUUUGAAC